UAGGCUCGUUCCCAGCUCGCUCUGGCGAGAUUCAGAGGAGUGCACAAAAGGGGACAAGCGCCUCUAAGGACUGGCUUGCGAGUCUACUCGCCCGCCAUCUCGCUUAUGGUCCCCGGUCCUCUGAGGCACCAAAACAAACAUCUGUGGGCUGGGUCACGAUAUCCUCGUCGUAUGUCGUGUCGCUGGCGUGGAGACCUGUCUGCGGUUGUUCACUUCGGACAGGUCUCCAGGUGAGUGACGCCCUCUCCGGACUGAACCAUCGCCUCCACACUCCGCACCAUCGCUUGCCAGUGCCCGACUCAUCUCACCAGCAACUCCCAGGUCACCUCAAAACACUACGCUCUCUUUGCUUGCUAUGCCCGACUUCUCUGACCUUCCCUCCCUGCCUUCCCCGUCUGUCCUAGCGCAUGUCGUCGACGUACACUGUCACCCGACCGACUCCCCCAUAGACGAUGAGCUUUUCUCGACAUUACCACAUCACAUAUGUGCGAUGGCGACUCGAGGGACAGACCAAGAACUAGUCGCUGACCUCGCACGUCGAUAUCCAGACAAAGUAACACCAUGCUUCGAGUCUCACUACCGCGCACUCUUCCUGCCCGAUGACAGCCCCAAGCCCGAGCACGAAGCGGCAUUCGCGCGGCUGCUCCCCUCGCUCCCCCCACCCACACCCCUCUCUCAAGUCCUCCCCUCCCUCCACGCCUCCCUCGCGUCCUUCCCCACCGCCAUGCUCGGCGAGGUCGGGCUCGACCGCGUCUGCCGCGUGCCCUUCACCCCACCCGCGGACCCCCCGUACGCCUCCGCCUCAGCCGAACCAGACGGCGCGCGGGAGCUCUCCCCGUUUACGAUCCCGCUCGCGCACCAGGCGGCGGUCCUCGAGGCGCAGCUCGCCCUCGCGGUCGAGCUCCGGCGGAACGUGAGCACGCACAGCGUGAAGGCGCAGCAGGCGACGCUCGAGCUGCUCGCGCGGAUGAGGGCGCGGUAUGGGCGCGCGUGGGACGCGAUCAGCGUCGAUAUGCAUAGCUGUGGGUUGAGCGCGCAGACGUGGAUCGCUCUUGAGAAAGCACACUGCAACGUCUUCCUCUCCCUCUCCACCGCGAUCAACGCCCGCUCCCCCGCACACGCCGCCCUCAUCCGCGCGUGCUCGCCCGACCGGCUCCUCGUCGAGUCCGACUUCCACGACAUCGCCUACAGCGCGCCGUACGUCUGGGACAUGGUCUGCCGCAUCGCGGACGCGCGCGGGUGGCCCGUCGAGCGGAGCGCCGAGGACCUCGACGGCGAGGACGGUGUAGUGCAAAAACUGGAGGAGAAUUGGCGGCGGUUUGUGGAGGGCGGGCAUAAGCCGCGGACGAGGAAGAGGAGGGAUAGGAGGCGGCUGUUGUUAGAUGAAUCGGAGUCGGACGAGGAGGCUAGUAGCGCGGACGUGUAGUAGAUGUAAGUAUCACAUACCAAGCAACGUCGCCCAUCCGUAGAGCAAGGCCUCAAACUAGCCUGCAACAUA